UUUCCUUAGACUGUCUAAGAAAACCUCGUGGCAAAGGUUCAAAGGUCAAAGGCUUACAAGCCAAGAUCAAGAAGAGAUAUUUAGGCUCCCCUACACGGACGCACAAUGAUGAGCAGGGAGGCCCACCACCAUGACCCUGUGAUGAAGCACAGUGUUCACACACUAGUGUUCAGAUCACUCAAGAGAAGUCACGACAUGUUCCUGAGUCAAGAGGGACAACCCAUACCACAGAAUGACCAGGCGUUGAAGCGUAAGAUAGCGUGUAAGAUCAGUGAUGAGCAUGCUGCAGUGAAGGACCUCCCACCACCCAAUGACACUGUGGCCAAGAUAUCAGCCAAGAGUCUCCCACCAGGGAAACAAGAGGCCCCACCUCUGAUGGUGACUGGUGGUCAUCACUACCCGAGUGGUCCUGGUGUGGCCCUGUCAGCUGGUACUGCCGCUAAACAGAGACCCCCCUCAGAGCAAGGAGUGCAAAAGGUCAUCGAUGAGGUCACCGCAAGAGAACAAUCAGCAACAACUGGAGCAGGUCUCAAAGAUAUCUACCAACAAAGCAAGGACCUUGUCUUGAGCAAGGGCACACAACAGUUGGUACCACGGAAAGCUCAACAGUUGAUCAAGCCGCAGUGGCAUCCGCCAUGGAAGCUAAUGAGAGUUAUCAGCGGCCAUCUUGGCUGGGUGAGAUCUAUUGCCCUGGACCCCAGCAACGAGUGGUUUGCCACUGGCUCAGGAGAUAGAACCAUCAAGUUGUGGGAUUUGGCCUCGGGGCGUCUGAAGCUGACUCUGACUGGUCAUAUCAGUGCAGUGCGUGGGCUGGUGGUGAGCCCUCGACAACCGUACCUCUUCUCCUGUGGGGAGGACAAGCAGGUCAAGUGCUGGGACCUGGAAGUCAACAAGGUGAUUCGUCACUAUCACGGUCAUCUGAGUGCUGUGUACUGUAUAUCUCUUCACCCGACUAUUGAUGUGUUGAUAACUGGUGGGCGUGACGCUACUGCUCGUGUGUGGGACAUGAGGACCAAGGCUUGUGUCCACACUCUCUCUGGUCACACUAACACUGUGGCUGACAUCAUCACUCAGGCAGCUAACCCUCAGGUUCUGACUGGUAGUCAUGACUCCACUAUAAGGCUCUGGGAUUUGGCUGCUGGGAAAACCAAGGCAGUCCUCACCAACCACAAGAAGAGUGUGCGCUCCCUAGCACUACAUCCCACAGAAUUUUGCUUUGCCUCUGGAGCCCCUGACAACGUCAAGGUGUGGAAGUUCCCUGAUGGUAACUUUAUGCAGAACUUCUCUGGCCACCAAGCCAUUGUCAAUACAGUGGCCAUCAACUCUGACAAUGUGCUCGUCUCUGGAGGUGAUAAUGGAUCCAUGCAUUUCUGGGAUUGGAAGACAGGUCACUGUUUCCAGCAGCUUCAAGCCUUGAGUCAGCCCGGGUCCCUGGACAGUGAGGCCGGUGUCUUCAAGGCCUGCUUUGAUAUGAGUGGUUGUCGACUGCUCACUGCCGAGGCUGACAAGACCAUCAAGAUGUACAGGGAGGACGAGACCGCGACUGAAGAGAGCCACCCGCUCAUCUGGAAGCCGGAAAUAUCGAAGAGAAAGCGCUAUUGAACUAACCAUGCAAACUCUCUCCCUCUAUUGUCCAUCAACUCAUAUUCUUUGGCUAGUAUCCUUGCUCUAAUUUUGGUCACAAUUAUCCACUUUCUACACAUGUACAAUUAUUUGCAAUUUUAUACAACAUUGUCCGUAAUAUUAAAAUAAUAUUGCACACAGCCUUAUUCUAAAUCAA